GUACAAGCGAAGCUCACCUCUCACUACCCAUAACCUCUUCAUGGGACUAACACGACUACCGACACCAGAACCUAUUCUCGAAGAACUUUGUGCGAGGAAACCGCUGCCUCCACUUUGCCCGGCUCAAGUAUAUAACCGAGAUCUGACAGCCAAGAUUGACGCACUACCGUUUCAUGCCAAUGUCAAAGCGGGGUUGCACCUUAUGAAUGACGAUUGGAAACGAGCGCACGAUCUCGUCGAACCACUUGACCCGGAUCAAACUGCAAAUUAUUGGCACGCAAUUGUGCAUAGACGAGAAGGAGACUUUUGGAAUUCAAAGUGGUGGUUUCGCAAGAUCCAGCAUCCGCUUUUAAAGACAGUUUAUGGUAACGACAGUAACCGAGGGGCCCAAGCCUUUGUGGACCAAGUUGAGCGGGGUGACAGUGUUUCUCGGUUGGAGGAGAAACAAUUGAAUGAAAUGCGGCUGCUGAUGGAUUAUGCGUUCAAAGAGUAUGCUCAGUGAUAACCUGGCAAAAAUGGACUAGUCAUAUAUUGCAAACCCUUCAUCGUGUAGACAUCAUCCUUUUUGAAACUCUUGCAGAACUUCCGAUCAAA